GGGGAAUUCACACACCGUACAUCCUGGUUGGCUUCACACGCCACUCUGGGCAGUCACGGUAACACAAUCCUCUCCUGCCAAUUUGGUGCGACGCGACUCAACGAGCGAUACCUGAAGCCGUAUCAUGUGACAUACUGCAGCCUUGCCAUCACCUUUCCAACCACUCAGGGCCCCUGUCUUGAGCAACAUCAACCAACAUCAUAUCUGAACCUUCUUGACAAGUACUGGAACAAGAUUUGCCAACAUGUCGUUAACCAUCGCAAGGUUGCAAGAGGAGCGCAAGCAGUGGCGACGAGAUCAUCCCUUCGGAUUCGUAGCAAGACCAGCGAAGGAUGCCAAAGGCGGGCUGGAUCUCAAGAAGUGGGACUGCGCUGUGCCUGGCAAAGAAAAGACUAUGUGGGAAGGAGGGCUUUUCAAGCUUGAAGUCACAUUUCCAGAUGAGUAUCCAACGAAGCCUCCAAAAUGCAAGUUUGUGCCGCCACUUUUCCAUCCAAAUGUAUACCCAUCCGGCACCGUCUGUCUCAGCAUCCUAAACGAAGAGGAGGGCUGGAAGCCCGCAAUUACUAUCAAGGAGAUUCUAUUGGGUAUACAGUUUCUUCUCGACGAAGUCAACCCCGACUCUCCAGCGCAGGCGGAUGCUUAUAAUCUUUACAAGAAAGAUCGCGUAGCGUAUGAGAGGAAGGUGAGGAUGGUGGUGAAGGAGAAUCCAGCAUCGUGAUGAUUCAUCACAUGCGCAUUACAAGCCAUUUACAUGAACAUUUGGCAAGUAAUUUGGCCUUCGGUAGAGCAUGCUUUUGGAGUCAUCGGGAUUUCGGCAGGACAACGCUGCUCGGCUUUGACGAACGGGACUGAAUUUAGCGUGGCGCAACUAUUGGUGAGGUGUCUGAUCACCAGGAGGCGUGACUUGGGAAGCCGAAAUUUGUACGAUUGUUGUCUCCGUCUGCAUCAGGUCAGAUAUCGCUUCAGCUUCGAGUAGUCAUAUCGGACACGAUGCAGCGGCUUCGUUAUUCGAAAGAUAUUGUGACGCGGAUGGAAACGUUACUAUCAGAACGAAUAACACGAGUACAGGACAUGAACACACGUGCCGAACAUGUUGCAAUGCCUGCGUGUGAGAGCGCACGGACCCCAUCU